GCGCCCGCCAGUCGCCCGCCCGCCUGGGUUAGGUUAGAUGAUGGCUUUAUUAGUUAUAAAUUAAAUCAAGAUUUAUUUUCUCUUCCCCCCAAAAGACUGUAGUGCCGUGUGUCGUGUAGUGUUGUAUUUUCAAAUUAUUUUAUAUUUUCGUUGGACUUUCCUGUGUUAUCCUGUUUUUGUUUUUUGUUUGGUCUGAAGUUCGUUUUGCGUUAAGCUACUUAUCUUGAUCCCCCCACAUGACGUACUAGCCAAAAUGGUGGACACACAGCACUUUUGUCUCCGGUGGAACAACUACCAGAGCAGCAUCACCAGCGCGUUUGAGAACCUCCGCGAUGAUGAGGACUUUGUCGACGUUACCCUCGCUUGUGACGGCAAGAGCCUGAAAGCGCAUAGAGUGGUGCUCUCGGCCUGCAGCCCUUACUUCAGAGAGCUACUUAAAUCAACACCAUGCAAGCACCCCGUCAUAGUGCUCCAGGAUGUAGCCUUCACGGACCUGCACGCGCUGGUUGAAUUCAUCUACCACGGCGAGGUCAAUGUCCAUCAACGCAGCCUCUCCUCAUUCUUGAAGACCGCUGAAGUCCUGCGUGUCUCUGGGCUCACACAGAAUGACGAUGCUCAAGGGCCACUGUUGCAGAGCCUGUCGCGCGCCGCCGCCGCCGCCUCUUCCCCGCACACCCCGCCGCACCCAUCACAUACUCCUCACACUCCCUCCUACACCGAUAAGUUGGAGGAGGCUCUUCUCUCCCACCAACCACCUACUAGCCUUCCACAAAUGAUGCGCCGUAUACCUCUGCCCCCGCGCCGCGUCUCCCGCUCAGCUGAUAACUCUCCUGACGUCAUUAAACGAGUCCGUCACGACAACAACAACACGGAACAACCACAAAUCCAAGCUACUGACUUCUCAACGAAGAAUAACUCGCUCCUCAACAACUCCCGUCACGAUCAAGGCAAUGGCAACGGGAUAUCCAACAGCAGUUCCUCUCCAUCCCCAAGGCUGAUGGACGAGGUCAAGAAUGAGCCUCUAGACAUGAUUUGCGGUCCUAACGCUGAUAUAGACAGAAGCACUGAUGAUACUCCGCCUCAUCAUAACAGACCUAUAGGAGGACCUCCAUCACGCGGCAGCUCCGCUGAUGCUGACGAUCGCACCCCGCCACCCCAGCUGCCUCCUUCACCCUUCAUACAACCGGCUGACACGAAGCUCUUUGCUUCUUCUAAUGCAUACAGCUUCACUAUGCAUCCAGCACUCACUGAGCAUCCAUCUUUGGCCGGUCUGCCAAGUCCACUCGCUCCAGACGGCAUGGCCAGUACAUCUCAAGGUGGCGCCCGCACCCCCCAAGAAGAUUACAGGUGCGAGCCCUGUAACAAGAGCUUGUCUUCGUUGACGCGGCUUAAACGACAUAUUCAAAACGUUCACAUGAGACCCUCCAGGGAGCCAGUGUGUAACAUUUGCCGGCGCGUUUACUCCAGCCUGAACAGUCUGCGCAACCACAAAUCGAUCUACCACCGCAAGCAGCAGCCGCCAGCCGCGCCCGCCGGCCAGGGGCCGUUCUUCCCGGUCAACUGACGCGCGCCCCGGCCCGCCAGGCCCCCCCGCGCGCGCCCCCACUCGCCAUUCCCGCCACCGACACGCGCGUUGCCAUUCGAAGACACUAAGCUGCCAUCCUUACCACCUAAACGUCAAACUCUUGCCGUAGAUCUUUGUUAAGUUUAAACAAUUGUAUCGCGAUAAUGUUCCUAACAUUUGUACAUAGCAUAGUUUUACUCGUUCUUUGCAUGCGCAUCGCAGACUAUAUCUAUGUAUCUAUAAUAUAUUCGUAACUAAACUCUGUAAUUAACGCUUCCGUGUAAGUGUAGCCCGAGUGCGCGGGCGCAGCUGCGGCGCCUGCGCUACGCUUACACGAGCUCGCCUCUCUGGAACCAAUUGGGACAUCUAUCUAUCGGUACACACAUAACCACCAACGUUUCAUUAAGCGCAUUAGUCAGAUCGGUGAUUACUAUGUAUAGACACGUUGAUUGCCU